AUGGCUUCUCCCUCCAUCUCUCUCGAUCGUGUCCUAGCGGCAGUCCCAGUUACAAACCGUGGUCAACCAACUCAAAUCUCGGCCGACUCCAAGGGUCAACGAAUAGCUUAUCCUUGUGGAAAAUCAAUCUUUGUUCGCUCCAUCGAUAAUCCCUCCGACGCAAAGGAAUACACCGGCCACACCGCUCCUACGACUGUUGCGCGCUUCGCGCCCAAUGGCUUCAAGGUCGCCAGUGGUGACUCGAGCGGAAUGCUCAAGGUAUGGGAGCCCGAGUCUAUCGAAAGCACAAGAGGAGAGUAUGGUAUCAUUUCUGGCCGUCUAAACGACAUCGCCUGGGACGGCGAGUCGCAGCGUGUUAUUGCUGUAGGCGAUGGUCGCGAGCAGUUCGGCCGCUGCAUUACGGCUGACAGCGGAAACUCUGUUGGCGAGAUCAUUGGCCACUCCAAGUCAGUCAAUGCUGUUGCCAUGAAGCCUCAGCGUCCUUUCCGGGCUGCUACCGUUGGCGAUGAUGGCAACAUGGUCUUUUACCAUGGAGCUCCCUAUAAGUUUAACAACAAAAGCGCUCAGCACACUGGCUUUGUUCUAGGUGCUGCUUACUCCCCUGAUGGAAACACACUAGUUACUGUUGGCGCCGACAAGAGAAUACAGCUUUACGAUGGAAAGACUGGUGAACCUACCAAGGAUAUUGGGCAAGGCGAGCACACCGGAAGUAUCUUUGCUGUAUCGUGGUCGCAAGAUGGUAAGAAGUUCGUCACGGCCAGUGCUGACCAAACUGUCAAGCUCUGGGAUGUCGAUGCCGGCAGCGUUAUCCAGACCUGGAAGUUCGGAUCGGAUGCUAGUGUUGGUGAUCAGCAAGUCGGUGUCAUUUUCGUUCCUGGUCGUAGCGACGGCCUUAUCAUUAGCCUUAGCCUGGAUGGUCACCUCACAUACUUGACCGAGGGCAAGGAGGAGCCUGUCCGCGUUGUCUACGGUCACAACAGAGGCAUUACCGCCCUAUCAACUGCAUCAAACGGUAAGGGCGCUGACCUCUGGUCUGGCAGCUUCGAUGGCCGAGUGUGCCACUGGGAUGUCAAAACCGGCAUUGCUUCGGUUGUCGAUGGUCAGGCACACACAAAUCAGGUGGCUCAGUUCACCACUGCCGAUGGCAAGGCUUUCAGUGCGGGCUGGGACGAUAAUCUCCGAAUCGUUGACGAGUCGGCCAAGACCUUCCUAGGUUCUUCCAUCAAGCUACAAGCUCAACCCAAGGGUGUGAGCGCGGCCAAUGGACUUGUUUAUGUCGCAACCUACUCGGGUGUGUCCGUUUACUCUGGUGAGAAACUGGUUAGCGAGCAGUCGUUUGAAUACACUCCCGGAGCCAUUGCGGCAUCUGGUUCUUUCGUUGCUGUUGGAGCUGAUGAGAAUUCGGUACGCAUUUACAAUGCUGGCUCUGAUGGCAAGCUCCAGGAGAUGAAUGCACUUAGCAACCCAACCGGUACCAUCUCGGCGCUUGCGUUCUCCAAGGACGGCUCCCACCUGGCUGCUGGAAACAGUGUUGGAAAGAUUUAUGUCUAUAGCGUUGGGAGCUGGGAACUGGUGGCAGACCGCUGGUCGGCUCACACUGCCCGAGUUACCUCGAUUGCCUGGGACGACACGGGCGCUUAUGCUGCCAGUGGCAGUCUCGACACCAACGUCUUCGUCUGGUGCUUGGAGAAGAAGAAUCAAGGCAAGCGCAUCAAGGCUGCCAAUGCUCACAAAGAUGGUGUUAAUGGUGUGGCCUGGAUUGAAGGCGGCAAGGUCGCCAGUGCGGGAGGAGAUGCUAACGUGAAGAUCUGGAGCGUUCAGAACCUGCCUUGA